AUGGCAUUUGACACUGCAGGAGCGGCGAAUCUGGAACAAUUUACUCUACUUGCCAAGAAUGCGCGUGGUCGAGCUUGCGUAGCAUUGAUCCAACAGGAUUCGGAGCAUAAAGAACAGUACGAGUUGCUGCGUAUAUUCUGCUUCGGCACGUACAGUGACUAUAUUGAGCGGAAGGAUGAGCUACCGGAUCUCACGCCACAACAGGUGAACAAGCUAAGGAAACUGUCAGCGGUGUCACUCGCUCAUCGAUUCAAGAACAUUCCGUAUGACAUAAUGGUGCAAGAAUUGGGUGUAUCAACGGUGCGCGAGGUGGAAGAUAUUCUCAUUGACACAAUCUACUCCGGACUGAUUCAAGGCAAGUUGGAUCAAAAGUCGCGUUGUUUUGUUGUAAAGUACGCAGUUGGCCGUGAUACAUGUCGCGAGGAUAUCGACGAUAUGAUCCAAAAGCUGUUAAACUGGAAACAGCAGUCUACUGAGAUCUGCGAGAAAGUCAAUGGUAUUCUCAUGUCGGCGGAGAAGCAGGAGGAAGAUGAACGCACUCGAGAGGAAAGUAUUUAUUCUAGAAUGGCAGUACGUGCAAGUGAGCGUGGAAAGGGUUUUGCCUCUAGUAUGACGAGCCUUCGGGCAAGCGAAGAUUUCUCUCCGUACGCAGAGGCCGGUGUUCGUCGAGGAACUCUGUCCAAACAGCGCGUGCACUCAACUCGUCGUAAAGGGCGGAUGUAG